AUGUUACCAGAGGGCAGCACCACUCCACCUGCGAGCACGAGGCAGCAAUCAGUUCCCAGGGCAGCACCACGUCCACCACUGCGAGCAUCGAGCAGAAUCAGUUUACCCACAGAGCAGGCAACGCAUCCACCUGCAGACAUCGAGGCACGAAUCAGUUCACCACAGAAGCAGGGCCACUCCACCAGCGAGAUCGACAAGAUCAAGUUACCACAGGGCAGGCACCACUCCACAGCGAGCAUCGAGGCAGAACAGUUACAAGGCAGGCACCACUCACGCAGCGAGCAUGAGGUGAUCCUGGUGAGCUCGUCCAUUAACGAGCGGGACCAGUUGCUGUUCAUCAGUACAGACGAGGGCUCCUCUUUCCAGCGCCAGCCCCUCUCCUUCACUGCUGAGACCCUCCUCUUCCACCCUAAGGAGGAGGACAAGGUGCUGGCUUACUGCAAGGAGGGCAAGCUCUACGUGUCCAUGGAUUUGGGCCGGAAGUGGACUCUAAUGCAGGAACGAGUAACCAAGGGCAGAAUAUUCUGGUCUGUGGCUGAUGUAGAUGUGGACCCUGACUUGGUGCAUAUGGAGAUGCAGGACACAAGUGGAGGGUACCUGUAUGUCACCUGUCUGAUCCAGAACUGCUCAGACAAGACCGUAACGGCUCAGUUCCUGGGGAAGAUUGACCACAACUCUCUCUCAGUCCAGGACGACUACACCUUUGUCAAGCCUCCCCAGGACGUCCACAUAGUGAGUACGGAUGAGAGCCAGGUGUUCCUGGCCCUGCAGGAGUGGUACCAGACAGACAGCUACAACCUGUACCAGUCGGACCCACAGGGCGUCUACUACUCCAUCGUGCUGGAGAACGUCCGCAGCGCCAAGCAGCCGGAGGAGAGCGUCCUUAUAGACAUACUGGAGGUGCGCGGGAUCAAGGGGGUCUUCCUGGCCAAUCAGAAGGUGGAUGGCAAAGUACGGACUCUCAUCACCUAUAACAAAGGCCGAGACUGGGAACCGCUAGCCCCGCCUACUACUGACAUGAACGGCAAACCGGUCAACUGCAAAUCACCUGACUGUCACCUCCACCUCCACCUGCGCUGGGCUGACAACCCCUACGUAUCAGGGACCGUCCACACCAAAGACUCCGCCCCCGGACUCAUCAUGGGCGCAGGUAACUUGGGUUCCCAGCUGGUGGAGUAUAAAGAAGAGAUGUACAUCACCUCUGACUGUGGGAAGACCUGGAGGCAGGUGUUUGAGGAGGAGCAUCACAUCCUGUACCUGGACCAUGGAGGGGUCAUCGUUGCCAUCAAAGACACCUCCAUCCCUCUCAAAAUACUCAAGUUCAGUAUUGAUGAGGGACGCACCUGGACCAUCCACACCUUCACAAGCACCUCAGUGUUCGUGGACGGACUUUUGAGCGAGCCGGGAGAUGAGACGUUGGUCAUGACGGUGUUCGGUCACAUCAGCUAUCGGUCAGACUGGGAGCUGGUCAAGGUGGACUUCAGACAGUCAUUCCCCAGACAGUGUACCGAGGGAGACUACGACUCCUGGAAACUCACAGAUCUGCAGGAACCAAGCCUCAAAACAGAGGGAGAUAGAUGCUUCGCUGGUUCGGGCACGACCCAGACUCACCACCUGACGCGCUGUCACCAGGGACACAACUUUGAGUCCAGUACUGGGUACAGGAAGGUUGUGUCCAACUUGUGUGAGGGGGGAGUGAACAAGCAGCAGAGCGCCAAGCAGCACACCUGUCCUCUGCUGCCGCCCAGAGGCCUCCAGCUAGGCAUCAAAGGACAGAUGCUGGCUGUGGCGCCUGGUGAUGACAUCACCUUCAUCGUCCACCAGGAGCAGGGUGACACCAGCAGCACCAAGUACCAGGUGGAUCUGGGGGACGGGAUGAGGGCCAUCUACCAGAACCUGACGGUGACAGAUGAACCCAUACAGCACCGCUACAAACAGCAGGGAGUCUACCGUGUCACCGUCAAGGCCGAGAACGUUGCCGGACACGACCAGGCCACCAUAUAUAUCCAGGUCACAGCCCCUCUACAGGAAGUUCACCUAGAAGUAGUUCCCAUCGCCGGGAUUAACCAGGAAGUCAACCUGACAGCUGUGGUGCUUCCCUUUGAGGCCAACCUGACUGUCUUCUACUGGUGGAUAGGAGACAACCUACAGCCCAAGAUGUCCCUGGGGAACAGUCUGAUAACGAGGUUCCCUGAGGAAGGAGAGGUGUCUGUCACCGUCCAGGCCUCUAACGGACGCUCCAUGGUGCAGGACACCAAGAACGUUCACGUCUACGACCGUUUCCAGGUAAUCCCCCUGGCCUUCAGCAGUAACCUGGACCGCCUCAACCCAAACAUUCCAGAGUGGAGGGAGGACGUGGGUCAGGUGGUCACCAAGAUAUUGGCAAAGAUCACAGGUAUCCCCCAGGAGUCCCUGGUAACCAUGGUGAAGCGGGGCCUGCCCACCACAGCUGACCUGUACGUUCUCCCACCAGAGAGCCAGCGUGCUAAGAGGAGCGUGUUUGUGGAUAAGCGUAUCCCUGCCAUCAAGCAGGCCUUCAGCGACAACAACGUUAGCUUCAUCGUACGAGGAGGUCUACAGGUGUUGGUGACCCUAGCUGACCCUAACGCAGGUUCUCAGGGUGGAGUGGCAGGACCAGGUGUCUGGGCUCUGGUUGUCAUCUUCCUCAUCAGCGUCAUCGCUACUGGAUCCUUCAUCCUCUACAAGUUCAAGAGUCCUUGGCUUAGGACUGAGGAUGCCUAUCCUCCGCUGUUUUUCAGAAAGCUGCCCGGCCGGAACGUGUACGCCCAGAUGCACAACGAGAAGGAGCAGGAGAUGACCAGCCCUGUCAAUCACAGUGAGGACACGCAGCACAUCAUCCAGGGGGAGGAGUUUAUCGACGACGACCUGGACUCGCAGACUCUAGGUAACGCAGAAGGUAACCACUCGGGCGUGGUGCUGAGCAUCAACUCCAGAGAGCUGCACAGCUACCUGACCAGCUGAUGGCUGAACACGGACACGCUAACCAGCUAGCCAUGCUAACGAGCAUAGGGAACUCUACUCUGCCUUCCUCCUCUGUCUCUCUGUCUGACCAACCAAUCCACCGCUCCCCGUACAGAGGAAGAGAGAAAGCACCACAGUACUACAGUCUAGCAUUAGUCCCUCUCUCUCUCCUCUCUGAUUCCUCUCCCCCUCUCCACGGCCCCUUGCUCCCUCGUUUCCGUCUCUCGCUCAGAGGGACACUUAUCCUCCGUUCUGCUCGUCCCUCUAUCCCGUCCUCCACUGUGUUACUGUAACAUCGGGGGUGUGGGCCAACUCUGCUUUUUACCCAGUGUCCUUUGCACCCAGUGUCCUUUGCACCAGUGUCCUUUGCACCAGUGUCCUUUGCACCCAGUGUCCUUGUGUCCUUGUACCCAGUGUCAUGACUGCUCUGUGUGUUCUCAUUGGCUAAACCCCUCAGAGACUGAUAGGACGCCACCCAGUGAGAAAAGAGAUUUCCGGUGACAUCACAGAGAACACCCCGCCUACUGGCCUGCUAUUUAAAACGCUCGGGACUGUAAGACUCGUCUUUCACUGACUCUCACCAGGUAGUUUCCAGAUACGCUAUACAGUCCAUUUGGAAAGUAUUCAGACUCCUUGACUUUUUCACAAUGUUGUUACGUUACAGCCUUAUUCUAAAAUGUA